AUGAUUCCAAAUAGGUUGAUAAACAUACUCGUAGAUUCUGUAUGCUGCGAUGGAACGCUACAGUAUGAGAUGUAUCGGGCCAUCGAUGAAACUACUCAACGUAAUGAGGGCAGACAAAUGGAUAGAGAAGCUCUCGCUAAGGAAGUCUGGAGAAACGUUCAGCGUCGUUUCAACACCACGUUUGAGGCUGUCGUUGUACCUUCUGAUUUUGUAUGGCGGACUCACGUUCAAACUGUAAACUUGUGCAAAAUUAAUCGUGAUGGUUUCCAUGCGCUGCUCUUCGAAUCCAGCAAAGAUGUAAAGAAACGAUUACUACCACCUAGUAAACGAUAG